AUGCAGGCGCCACCACCAACAGAGAGGGUUGAUAUGAGACAUCCGGAUGGCGGUCCCUUCGGCCAGGUCUUCGCCGGUGAGAACCACACCAAGCUGCCCGCGCCCGAGCUCCUCCGCGUCCAGGCGCAGCAGCUCGAGAAGGCCCGAGGCCUCGGCUACAGCCCAAAAACAAAAGCAGGACAGGGAGAUGAUACAGUAGCAGCAGCAGCAGCAGGAGGAGGAGGAGGAGAAGGAGGAGGAGGUUUCUACGGGGCAGCAUUCCUGAGCCUCGGCCGGUUCAGCGAGGAUCCCGAAUACGGCCCGGGAACAAAGUUCCACGAUUAUGUGUUACAGCGCCUCGUCGAUGCCGCCGAGGCAUCGCGGGACCUCCCCGAGUUCCUGCACGCCCUGAACCCAGGUGUUACAUGCAGAAAGACAGAGACGGGGCAGGAGGGCCGCUUCUCCUGGGAGGUGUACUACGGCGGGGUGAUCAGGAUGUACCCGGGCCCCGGACCGAUCUGCGCCAAGAUAUUUGUCGAUUUCUUCAUCUCGAACGUUGAAGGCGACUGGGACAACGCCGAGGGGGAACAGGCCUGGUGGGAUGACGAGCUGGAGAACGAGGGGGGGGAUGCUGAGGGAGGGAAAGCUCUGGCUGAGGAUGGGGUAGAGAGCGAGGACGAGGUAGAGAGCGAGGUGGAUUUUGAGAUGCUCUCAGCAUUGAGGGAGGUGUUUAUCAAGGCGUGCGGAGACAGUAAGCGACUCGGCUAG